ACGGACCGAGGCAUUCUUAGCGGGGCGGCGGCGGCGGCCGGGGCCAGCGCCAUGAACCGGCUGGGGCUCUGGGGACUGCUCUGCGCGGCGCUGCUGGGCUGCUGGGAGCCUGCUGAUGCCUUGACAUGCUUUGAUAAGCAGUAUGUAUACAAGGGCAGGUGCUGCAACCGGUGUCGGCCAGGGGAAAAACUGAUGUCUGAGUGCAAGGAAACAGAAGACUCUGUUUGUGCCCCCUGUGAGAGCGGGCACUAUCAGCCAAGCUGGACCAAGGAGAAGCACUGUGCUCCUCACGACAUCUGUGAAAGCAAUGCUGGCCUCAUUGAGAAGAUAAAAGGAAAUGUAACACACAACACGGUGUGCCAGUGCCGGGCUGGCACGCACUGCUCUGACAUCAGCUGCCAGACCUGCGUGGAGAACCAGCCUUGCCAGCUUGGCUCUGGCUUUGUGGCAGCCAAGGCCAUGGAGCGGAUGUCAUCCCCCUGUGAACCCUGUGCAGAAGGCACCUUCUCCAAUGUCUCGUCUAAAACCGAGCCGUGCCACCCCUGGACAAGUUGUGAGGAGAAGGGGCUGGUGGUGAAGGUGAAAGGGACGAACUCGUCGGAUGUGAUCUGCGAGUCCAGCAGGCGCUCCUCCCUGUCAGUGCUGAUCCCCAUCACAGCUGCAGUUGUCACGUGCCUCGUGGGUGUCUGCAUCUACUGCCUGGUGCACACAGAUUCCAGGCGACGAGGGCCAAAGGAGAUAGAGGCUGGGGAGCCCGGAGAGAGCCCACAUCCCCAGCAGCCCACGGAGCAGGAUGAGAAUGUCUUGCCUGUGCAGGAGACCCUACUCAGGGGCCAGCCUGUGGCCCAGGAGGAUGGCAAGGAGAGCCGCAUCUCGGAGCAGGAGAUGCUGUGAAGGCGCAGGGCACUGCCCCCGACAGGAGCACAGACUGGACAGCACCGUCUCCUCUGUCCCCCCUCCAGCUGGGGAGGAAAUCUGGCAUCUGGCCUGGCUGCAAAUGAUGGGAUGCUGCAAUGGACCAUGGCACGACCACCCCACGAGAAUACCACUACAACUCCUGCUCUGGUCACCUGCACAGGGCUGCUCUGGUGGAGCAAGGGUUGGCUGCCCCUAUGGGGGCAUGGAACAGAGCCCCAUCCUGCUUGCUGCCCAGGUGAUGCAAUAACCUGGGUGGCUGCUCACCUGCUGAGCCCUUGCAGAGCCCAGUGCAGCCCUGGCCACAGCACAGUGACCAUGUUGACAGGAAGACCCCAGCACAG